AUGCCAGACAUACCCAAUUACGCAGAUCCCCCCCUCAAUCGCCAGCACCUUCACCUGCUCGCACUGCAGCAGCAGCAGCAGCAGCAGCAGCAACAGCAGCAGCAGCAGCAACAGCAGCAGCAGCAGCAACAGCAGCAGCAGCAGCAACAGCAGCAGCAGCAGGAUAUGCAAGAAACGUUGAAAGAGUUGUGCGGACGAACGCCGGAACAGCAGCAACUACUAAUGCUGCGCCGACAGCAGCAGCAGCAGCAGCAGCAGCAGCACGAUCAGCAGCAAGAGCAGCAGCAGCAGCAGCAGCAGCAGCAGCAGCAGCAGCAGGUGCGUACAGAAGGGUUUAUGGGGGAGACAUAA